CAUGGCUGCGCAAACAGUAUCCAUCUGCAAAUUCGUGGGGACGAUAAGUCUGGGUCUGCUCACGGGCGUCUCAGCAUCCCUCUCCACCUUCACGCUCCCAUCCCUCCUCGCGCUGCCCACCGCCGUCGACGCGCGCACAUCUUUCACCUACCUCUCCAACAAGUCUCAAUACUUGUCCACGUAUCUGCGCCACAUUACAACAUUCACGCUCUUCUCCGCCUACCUGCUAUCACCUCGCCGAUUUCGCCAUCCAUAUCUCCUCUACACCUCCAUCUUUGCCUUCGCAUCGGGGCCAGGCGUCGAUUAUGCUGUCUCGUUCCAAGAAGGCACAAACGAGCAGAGAACAGCGUUGGAUCUGGAGGCGCAAGGCGAUGACGUAAAUGGCGAGCAAGUCCGACAGGCUGUGGAGAAGAAGAAGUUCACGGAGAGCAUCAAGACGGUUCUUGCUGGUGUGGCGUUUGUCACGCAAGUGGUCGGGAUCUGGGGAGAUGGCGCAUAGGCAUGUUCGACAAAGGUACAAGCAGUAGCAUUGUGGACUGCUGGUGUGAUGCAUGAUGAGACGGUCAUUAUUCUGCGUUGGUUGAUCCUCUGCGAGGCGUUGGCAGGAGUAUACGUUCUUGGAUGAUGAUAUUUUGGAAGUAUGGUCUACUUUUGGAGGCUUUGCUCCUAGCAGUAUCAACGAGCACCACUCCUCUCUGUUUGGAGACUUAUACAUUCCGUCCUCCAGAACGUGAAUUUGCUUGUGUUUGCGAGGUGUUCCGGUUCUUGAAAGCGUUCAUCGAGGCUGUUGUUCGCAGAAGGAUUGCUGGAAUCGUAACUCCUCUGCAACACUUUCACAGCCGUACAUAUAAAGGCUAGGAAAUACCAUCGUAUGCCAAUGUGUUUUU